UAUACACGAUCUGUUACCAGCAGCAACAGAGAGAAUCGGGUUGAUAUUCAUAGGUAUCAUUGGCACAGAGCUGAUCGCUGGCUGUCAUCUUCAACAAAGACACGGGCGCACUGUCUCCACUGUGAUGCCUUGUAUCAUACUUACAUCAGACUUAGGUUGUGCCAUGCAUUUAAGGAAUACGUGAACCGCGUGUGCCAGGAGAAGCCUUUUGCGCCAGUGUGCGCAUUCGGAGAGGCGCAUUAGCCGUGAUCAGACUGCGGCUUCACUGGAUCAUCGGACCCUGCUUUGGCAUUUAUUCUUUUUUUUCAGUUUUAUUCAUUUUAAAAUAUAAUGUUGCAUCUUACAGCUGACAGGCUGUUUGUUGGAUUGCUCUUUUUGGGGUUCUCGCACAGUUUGGAGGUGAUUCUUCCCGCAAGGGCAAUAGAUGCUCCAAAAACCUGCAGCCCCAAACAGUUUGUAUGCAGGGAUCAGGUGACGUGUAUCUCAAAAGGCUGGCGGUGUGAUGGGGAGAAGGACUGCCCGGACGGAUCGGACGAGGGCCCAGAUAUCUGUUCCCAUAACCGUGUGUCACGGUGUCCUCCUAAUGAACAUCAGUGUUUGGGCUCAGAGAUGUGUGUUCACAUGAGUAAGCUUUGUAAUGGUGUUCCAGACUGCAGUGAUGGAGGAGAUGAAGGCCCUCACUGUCGAGAACUGGCGCUCAACUGUACCCUCGCCGGUUGCCAAGACAGCUGUGCUGUAAGCCGCACUGGGUCCAUGUGUUACUGCAAGAGUGGAUAUGAGAUCAGCCAAGAUGGAAAAACCUGUAAAGACUUUGAUGAGUGUACGGUAUACGGCACCUGCAGUCAGACGUGUACAAACACAGACGGCUCAUACUCGUGUUCCUGUGUAGAAGGAUAUCUAGUCCAACCAGACAACCGCUCCUGCAAGGCCAAGAAUGUGCCUGUGGACCGUCUGCCCGUGUUAGUCAUCGCAAACUCUCAAAACAUACAAAUCACGUCGCUGAGCGGCUCUGGCAGCCCGUCUCUCUACAUAACCACAAAACAGACCACGGCCAUGGACUUCCUGUAUGCACAGGAAACGGUCUGCUGGAUCAAUGUCGGCGAUUCACCCGCAGGCACACAUCUGAAGUGUGCUAAGAUAACAGGACUCAAGAGCUUCACAGAGGAGAGGAUGAUCAACAUCACUUUCAGCUUACAUCAUGUGGAGCAGAUGGCUAUCGACUGGCUAACAGGAAAUUUCUACUUUGUUGAUGAUGUGGACGAUCGAAUCUUUGUAUGUGAUAAAGAUGGAGCCACGUGUGUGACACUGCUGGAUCAGGAGCUCUAUAAUCCAAAAGGAAUAGCUCUGGACCCCACCAUGGGAAAGGUUUUCUUCACGGACUAUGGGCAGAUCCCAAAGGUGGAACGCUGUGACAUGGAUGGGCAGAACCGGACAAAACUUGUGGACAGUAAAAUUGUUUUCCCCCAUGGCAUCACCCUUGACCUGGUCAACAGGUUAGUCUACUGGGCUGAUGCGUAUCUGGAUUACAUUGAGGUAGUGGAUUACGAGGGCAAGAACAGACACACCAUCAUUCAAGGACUACUGAUUGAGCAUCUUUACGGGCUCACCGUGUUUGAGAACUAUCUGUAUGCCACAAAUUCAGACAAUGCCAACAUGCAGCCAAAGACCAGUGUCAUACGUGUGAAUCGCUUCAACAGUACAGAUUAUCAGGUGGUCACCCGUGUGGACAAGGGCGGAGCGCUGCACGUUUACCACCAGAGACGUCAGCCUCCUGUACGGAGUCACGCCUGUGAGCCGGAUCAGGUUGGAAAAAGCGGAGGCUGUUCAGACAUCUGUCUUUUGGGUAACAGCCAUAAGAGCCGGACGUGUCGCUGUCGCUCUGGAUUCAGUCUGGGGAACGAUGGAAAAUCAUGCAAAAAGCCUGAGCACGAGUUAUUCUUGGUGUACGGGAAGGGUCGUCCAGGUGUUAUUCGAGGGAUGGACAUCAAACCUAAAGUUCAAGAUGAAUACAUGAUCCCAAUUGAGAACCUGAUGAACCCUCGAGCUCUGGACUUCCACACUCAAAGUAACUUUAUCUACUUUGCUGAUGCCACCAGCUACCUGAUAGGACGUCAGAAGAUUGAUGGCACGGAAAGAGACAUCAUCCUUAAAGAAGGUAUUCACACUGUUGAGGGUAUCGCUGUAGACUGGAUGGCCAAUAACCUCUACUGGACAGAUGAUGGUCCUAAGAAGACCAUAAGUGUUGCACGUUUGGAGAAAGCUUCUCAGACUAAGAAGACCCUUAUUGAGGGCAAGAUGACCCAUCCUAGAGCUAUUGUCGUGGACCCUCGACAUGGCUGGAUGUACUGGACUGACUGGGAAGAGGACCCAAAAGAGAGCAAGAGAGGAAAGAUUGAAAGGUCCUGGAUGGAUGGCACCAAUCGAAACGUUUUGCUGACAUCUAAGACAGUUCUGUGGCCCAACGGUUUGAGCCUGGACAUCCCUCAGGGGAUCCUCUACUGGGUGGACGCUUAUUAUGACCGGAUCGAGAUGAUUUACCUCAACACCACCGCACGCAAGACGGUUUAUGAUGGACCAGAGCUAAGUCACGCCUUUGGCCUGUGCCACUACAAAAACUUCCUAUUUUGGAACGAAUACCGCAGCGGCAGCAUAUAUAAACUGGACCAAGCCACCAAAACAGUCACCCUGUUACGCCACGAGCGCCCGCCCAUCUUUGAGAUUCGCAUGUAUGAUGCUCAGCAGCAGCUAGGCAGUAAUGCGUGUCGACCGAAUAACGGUGGUUGUAGCAGUCUGUGUUUGGCUACUCCAACUGGGCGAUCAUGCGCUUGUGCCGAGGAUCAGUUAUUGGAUCCUGCAGAUAACACCAGCUGUAAAGCAAACCCCUCGUACAUCCCUCCACCACAGUGCCAGCCUGGAGAGUUCGCCUGUAAGAAUAACCGAUGUAUUCAGGACCGCUGGAAGUGUGAUGGAGACAACGACUGUCUGGAUAACAGCGAUGAGACGGCUGAACUCUGCCAUCAGCACACGUGUCCUGCAGACCGCUUCAAGUGUCAGAAUAACCGCUGCAUCCCCAUGCGCUGGCUCUGUGACGGAGACAAUGACUGUGGUAAUGAUGAGGAUGAAUCCAACACCACAUGCUCAGCUCGGACGUGUCCUCCAAACCAGUACUCGUGUGCCAGCGGCCGCUGUAUUCCCAACUCAUGGACAUGUGAUCUAGAUGAUGACUGUGGAGAUCGCUCUGAUGAGCCUGCAUCCUGUGCAUACCCAACCUGUUUCCCACUCACUCAGUUCACCUGUAAUAACGGACGUUGCAUUAACAUCAACUGGCGCUGUGAUAACGAAAAGGAUUGUGCGGACGGCUCUGAUGAGUUGAAUUGUCCGAACCCGACCGACAAUGACUGUGGUGAUAACAGUGAUGAAGCUGGCUGCAGUCAUUCAUGCUCCAGUGCGCAGUUUAAAUGCAACAGCGGCCGCUGCAUUCCUGACUACUGGACGUGUGACGGAGACAAUGACUGCGGUGACUACAGCGACGAGACUCACGCCAACUGCACUAACCAGGCGACCCGUCCUCCCGGCGGCUGUCAUACAGAUGAGUUUCAGUGUCGUAUGGAUGGAUUAUGUAUUCCUCUCCGCUGGCGUUGUGAUGGAGACACAGACUGCAUGGAUCUGAGCGAUGAGAAGCAUUGUGAGGGUGUAACACACAUGUGCGAUCCAGCGGUGAAGUUUGGCUGCAGGGACUCUGCACGGUGUAUCAGUAAAGCUUGGGUGUGUGAUGGAGACAGUGAUUGUGAAGAUAACUCUGAUGAAGAUAACUGCGAGGCACUUGUGUGUAAACUCUCCCAUCAUGUCUGUGCUAAUGACACCAACAUCUGUCUGCCUGCCGACAAGCUCUGUGAUGGUAAAGACGAUUGUCCCGACGGCUCUGAUGAGAAACUCUGUGACCUGUGCUCUCUGGACAAUGGUGGCUGCAGUCAUAACUGUACGGUGGCACCGGGUGAGGGCAUUCUGUGCUCAUGCCCGCUUGGCAUGGAACUGGGCUCUGAUAACAAGACUUGUCAGAUCCAGGGCUUCUGUGCCAAACACCUGAAGUGUAGCCAGCGUUGUGAACAGGACAAGUUCAAUGUCAAGUGCUCCUGUUAUGAUGGAUGGGCUCUUGAACCUGACAUGGAGAGCUGCAGGAGCACAGAUCCGUUCAAACCGUUCAUCAUCUUCUCAAACCGGCAUGAGAUCCGACGGAUUGAUCUCCAUAAAGGAGAGUUUAGUGUGUUAGUGCCAGGCCUGAGAAACACCAUCGCUCUUGACUUUCAUCUGAACGAGAGUUCGCUCUACUGGACUGAUGUUGUCGAGGACAAGAUUUACCGUGGGAAGCUGUCGGAGAACGGCGCACUGACCAGUUUCGAUGUGGUGAUCCAGUAUGGUUUGGCAACUCCAGAGGGUUUGGCUGUUGACUGGAUCGCUGGAAACAUCUACUGGGUGGAAAGUAACCUGGAUCAGAUUGAGGUGGCCAAACUGGAUGGUACAAUGCGCACCACUCUACUUGCAGGUGAUGUGGAGCACCCCCGAGCCAUCGCCCUCGACCCCAGAGAGGGAAUUUUGUUUUGGACUGACUGGGACGCCAGCAUGCCGAGGAUAGAGGCAGCGUCCAUGAGUGGUCACGGCAGGCGCACCAUCCAUAAGGAAACGGGCAGUGGAGGAUGGCCCAACGGAUUGACUGUAGACUAUCUUGAGCGUCGCAUCCUCUGGAUAGACGCCAGAUCUGAUGCCAUCUAUUCAGCCAAAUAUGAUGGAUCUGGCCUGAUCGAGGUGCUCCGAGGACACGAGUAUCUCUCUCAUCCAUUCGCCGUCACCAUGUACGGAGGAGAAGUUUACUGGACCGACUGGCGCACAAACACACUGGCCAAAGCAAACAAGUGGACGGGAAACAAUGUGACUGUAGUUCAGAGAACAAACACACAACCCUUUGAUCUACAGGUGUACCACCCAUCUAGACAACCACAAGCACCAAACCCGUGUGCCGCUAACGGUGGAUUGGGUCCCUGCUCUCAUCUGUGUCUGAUCAACUAUAACCAGACCUUCUCAUGUGCCUGUCCUCAUCUCAUGAGACUGAGCCCGGACAACCAAACCUGCUUCGAGUCCCGUCAGUUCCUGCUCUACGCCCGUCAGAUUGAGAUACGAGGGGUGGACAUCUAUAACCCAUACUACAACUACAUCAUCUCAUUCACUGUCCCUGACAUUGACAACGUCACGGCGGUGGAUUACGACGCUCUCGAGCAGCGUAUCUAUUGGUCUGAUGUUCGGACCCAGACCAUCAAGAGGGCUUUUAUCAAUGGCACAGGCAUAGAGACUGUAGUGUCUGCAGAUAUACCUAAUGCUCAUGGUCUGGCGGUGGAUUGGGUCUCACGUAAUCUGUUCUGGACCAGUUAUGAUGCCAAUAAGAAACAGAUUAACGUCGCCAGACUCGAUGGCUCCUUCAAAAAUGCUGUUAUCCAAGGCCUGGAUAAGCCUCAUUGCCUUGUGCUGCAUCCCAUACUGGGGAAGCUCUACUGGACUGAUGGAGAUAACAUCAGUAUGGCCAACACUGACGGCACCAACCGUACUGUGAUCUUCACCAGUCAGAAAGGCCCAGUGGGUCUGUCCAUAGACUUUCACACAGAGCAACUGUACUGGAUCAGCUCUGGAAACAGCACCAUCAAUCGCUGUAAACUGGACGGAUCAGGACUGGAGGUGUUAGAUGGUGUCAAAGGCAAACUGAACAAGGCCUCGGCUCUGGCUAUCAUGGGUGAUAAGUUGUGGUGGGCAGACCAGGGCACAGAUCAGAUUGGCACGUGCGAUAAGAGUGACGGAGGAAACUGGCGAGUCUUGAGAAAUGGCACAUCUCCCAUGAUGCACAUGAAGAUCUACAAUGAGACCGUGCAGACAGGUUCAAACCUGUGCAGUAAUAAUAAUGGUGACUGCUCUCAGCUGUGUCUCCCUACAUCUCCAUCCACCCGUGCAUGUAUGUGCACUGCAGGAUACAGCCUGAAGAGUGGACAGCAGUCCUGCGAGGGUGUGGGUUCGUUCCUGCUGUACUCCGUUCAUGAGGGAAUUCGAGGAAUUCCACUGGACCCUGCUGAUAAAUCCGAUGCCCUCGUUCCAGUUUCAGGCACAUCACUCGCAGUCGGCAUUGAUUUUCAUGCUGAUAAUGACACCAUCUAUUGGGUGGACAUGGGUUUAAGCACCAUCAGCAGAGCUAAGAGAGAUCAGACAUGGAGAGAGGAUGUGAUCACUAAUGGCAUUGGACGCGUGGAGGGCAUCGCUGUCGACUGGAUCGCUGGAAACAUCUAUUGGACCGAUCAGGGCUUUGAUGUGAUCGAGGUCGCCAGACUAAAUGGUUCGUUUCGAUAUGUGGUCAUCUCACAAGGCCUGGACAAACCCCGGGCCAUUACUGUACAUCCUGCGAAAGGGUAUCUGUUCUGGACAGAGUGGGGUCAGUACCCACGCAUAGAAAGAUCUCGUCUGGAUGGAUCUCAGAGAGCCGUGCUGGUCAAUGUCAGUAUUAGCUGGCCCAAUGGCAUCUCGAUUGACUAUGAGGAGGGUUUUCUGUACUGGUGUGAUGCUCGGACAGAUAAGAUCGAGCGUAUUCAUUUAGAGACGGGCGAGAACAGAGAAGUGGUGCUGUCCAGUAACAACAUGGACAUGUUCUCCGUAUCUGUGUUUGAGAGUUAUAUUUACUGGAGCGACCGGACUCACGCGAAUGGUUCGAUAAAACGUGGCAGUAAAGACAAUGCCACAGAUUCAGUAGCUCUGAGGACAGGCAUCGGUGUACAACUUAAAGACAUCAAAGUCUUUAACAGAGCUAGACAACAAGGAACGAAUGUAUGCAAGAACAAGAACGGUGGAUGUCAACAGCUAUGUCUUUACCGCGGUAACGGUCAGCGCACAUGUGCUUGUGCUCAUGGAAUGCUAUCCGAGGACGGUCAGGGUUGCCGUGACUACGACGGAUACCUGCUUUAUUCAGAGCGUACUAUACUAAAGAGCGUGCACUUAUCAGACGAGAAUAACCUCAAUGCACCUAUUAAACCGUUUGAAGAUCCUGACCACAUGAAAAACGUCAUCGCGCUAACAUUUGACUACCGCGGGGGAGGAGGAAAAGGAGCCAAUCGGAUCUUCUACAGUGACAUCCACUUUGGAAAUAUUCAACAGAUCAAUGACGACGGAUCGGAUCGGAAAACGGUGGUUGAAAAUGUUGGGUCAGUGGAAGGGUUGUCGUAUCAUAGGGCAUUGGACACCUUAUACUGGACCAGUUACACCACCUCCACCAUUACCCGUCACACUGUGGACCAGAGUCGUUGGGGGGCUUUCGACCGUGACAUAGUGGUCACCAUGUCAGGAGAUGAUCACCCGCGGGCAUUUGUGCUGGAUGAGUGUCAGAAUUUGAUGUUUUGGACCAACUGGAAUGAGCAAUCUCCCAGUAUCAUGCGCGCUCAGCUGUCUGGUGCCAAUGUUCUCGUGAUCAUUGGCAGUGACAUUCGCACUCCAAACGGACUCGCCAUCGAUCAUCGUGCAGAGAAACUGUAUUUCUCUGACGCUACGCUUGAUAAGAUUGAGCGUUGCGAGUAUGACGGCAGUCAUCGAUAUGUUGUUCUUAAGAAUGAGCCAGUGCACCCCUUCGGUUUGGCCGUUUACGGUGAUCAUAUCUUCUGGACGGACUGGGUGCGCAGAGCGGUUCUCAGAGCUGACAAAUAUGUUGGUGGCGACAUGAAGGUGUUACGAGCUGAUAUCCCACAACAGCCAAUGGGAAUCACCGCUGUGGCCAACGAUACAAAUAGCUGUGAGUUCUCACCUUGUCGGGUGAAUAAUGGGGGCUGUCAGGACCUGUGUCUGCUCACAUCAGACGGACGGGUUAACUGUAGCUGCCGUGGCGAGAGGAAACUGCUAGUGGACAACACCUGCAUAGCUCAGAACACAUCAUGUAACACUAUGGAUGACUUUGAGUGCGGAAAUGGAGACUGUAUCAAAUACACGCUCACAUGCGACGGCAUGGCCCACUGCAAAGACAAAUCUGAUGAGAAACAGUCAUACUGCACCAAUCGUGUGUGUAAGAAGGCCUAUAAGCGCUGUGUCAAUGGACGCUGUGUCAGUCACAGAUCAUGGUGUAAUGGCCGUGAUGAUUGCGGUGAUAACUCAGAUGAACUCUUCUGUAAUGCAACCGUGUGCACAGCGGAUCAGUUUCAGUGUAGAGAUGGAUCGUGUGUGUCCAACUCCAGUCGCUGUAACCAAGUGUUGGAUUGUGAUGAUGCCAGCGAUGAAAUGAACUGCCCGGCUGCUGAUUGUUCCAGUUAUUUUCGUCUGGGUGUGAAGGGGGUCACCUAUCAGCGCUGUGAGUUUACUUCACUGUGUUAUUCCCCGACGUGGGUCUGUGACGGGUCGAACGACUGUGGAGAUUUCUCAGAUGAAAGAAACUGUCCAGAUAAGACGAAGAGAAAGUGUCCGUCCAACUUUUUCACCUGUUCCAACGGCCGUUGCAUCCCUAUGAGCUGGACCUGUGAUAAAGAGAAUGACUGUGAGAACGGAGAUGAUGAGGCACACUGCAAUAAGUUUUGCUCGGCGAUGGAGUUUGAGUGCAGGAAUCAUCGCUGUAUCUCCAACAGCUGGGUUUGUGAUGGGACAGAUGACUGUGGAGACGCCUCAGAUGAGGACAGCAAAUGCAAAAAUAAGACGUGCAGUCCGGAGGCAUUCCAGUGUCCUGACUCGCACAAGUGUGUCCCUCGGCACUGGGUGUGCGACGGAGAAAGAGAUUGUUCGGACGGAGCUGACGAAAGUGUGAAGGCUGGCUGUGUGUUCAAUAACACAUGUAAGACAGGAGAGUUCAUGUGUCAGAACAGACAGUGUAUCCCUAAACACUUUGUGUGUGAUCAUGACAAUGACUGUGGAGACGGAUCUGAUGAAUCAAUGGAGUGCGAGUAUCCUGCUUGUAAGGCCAAUGAGUUUCGCUGUGAUAAUGGUCGCUGUCUGAUUCAGAAGUCCUGGGAGUGUGACGGAGAGUUUGACUGUCAUGAUCAUUCAGACGAAGCUCCCAAAAAUCCUCACUGUAACAGUCCUGCUGAAAAGAAGUGUAAUGAGACGGCGUAUGCAUGUGGGAACGGCAGAUGCAUCAAUGAGACAUUACUGUGUGAUCGUAAUGAUGACUGUGGUGAUGGUACAGAUGAACUCAACUGCUUCAUUGAUGAAUGUGUGAACAGUAAACUGAGCGGCUGCUCUCAACUCUGUGAAGAUCUGAAGAUUGGCUUCAAGUGCAGGUGUCACCCUGGCUUUAGACUGAAGGAUGAUGGGAAAACCUGCGUGGAUAUAGACGAGUGUAGCAGCACAUAUCCAUGCACACAGCACUGCAUGAAUACACACGGUAGUUUCCGCUGUAUGUGUGUGGAUGGGUUUCAGCUCAGCCCCACUGACCCCACCGUCUGCAAGUCCACCUCUGACGAGGAGCCGUUCCUCAUCUUUGCCAACCGUUACUACUUGAGGAAGCUCAGUCUGGAUGGCACAAACUACACUCUUUUAAAACAGGGUUUGAACAACGCUGUUGCUUUAGAUUUUGAUUAUCGGCAGCAGAUGAUCUACUGGACUGAUGUGACAUCUCAAGGCAGCAUGAUACGACGCAUGCACAUGAAUGGCAGCAAUGUACAGGUUCUUCACCGCACAUCUCUCAGUAACCCUGAUGGUUUGGCUGUUGAUUGGGUGGGUGGAAACCUGUACUGGUGUGAUAAAGGACGGGACACUAUUGAGGUAUCCAAGUUAAACGGCGCAUACAGGACUGUGUUGGUCAACACGGGACUGCGGGAACCCAGGGCCAUAGCUGUAGAUGUCCGAAAUGGAUAUCUAUACUGGUCAGAUUGGGGUGAUAAUCCUCAUAUCGGACGCAUUGGGAUGGACGGCACUAACAGAAGUGCAAUCGUCCAGGAUAAGAUAACCUGGCCCAAUGGACUCACUCUGGAUUUUAUUAAUGAUCGAAUCUACUGGGCAGACGCUAGAGAGGACUACAUUCAAUUUGCCAGCUUGGAUGGAACCAACAGACACACGGUUUUAAGUCAGGACAUUCCGCACAUCUUUGCCAUGACUUUGUUCGAGGAGUACAUCUACUGGACAGACUGGGAGACCAAAUCCAUCAACAGAGCUCACAAGACCCUCGGGACCAACAAGACCAUGCUGAUCAGCACCCUGCACAGACCCAUGGACAUCCACAUCUACCAUCCCUACAGACAACCUGAAGUCACAAAUCACCCGUGCCAGACGGACAACGGCGGCUGCAGUAACUUGUGUCUUCUGUCUCCUGGUGGAGGUUAUAAAUGUGCCUGCCCCACGAAUUUCUACCUUGCCGCUGAUGGGAAACAGUGCAUGUCCAACUGCACCGCCAGCCAGUAUGUCUGCAAGAAUGACAAGUGUAUUCCCUUCUGGUGGAAAUGCGACACGGAGGACGACUGUGGCGACCGAUCCGACGAGCCUGCCGACUGCCCUGAGUUUAAAUGCAGACCUGGUCAGUUCCAGUGUGGCACUGGCAUCUGCACAAACCCAGCGUACAUCUGUGAUGGAGACAACGACUGCCAGGACAACUCGGAUGAAGCCAACUGCGAUAUCCACGUGUGUUUGCCCAGUCAGUUUAAAUGCACAAAUCCCAGUCGCUGUAUUCCAGGAAUAUUCCGCUGUAAUGGUCAGGACAACUGUGGCGAGGGAGAGGAUGAGAAAGACUGCCCGGAGGUGACGUGUGCGCCUAACCAGUUCCAGUGCUCUGUAACUAAACGCUGUAUCCCUCGGGUAUGGGUGUGUGAUCGUGACAAUGACUGUGUGGACGGAUCUGAUGAACCUGCCAACUGCACUCAAAUGACGUGUGGUGUGGAUGAGUUUCGCUGUAAAGACUCCGGCCGCUGUAUCCCAGCUCGCUGGAAAUGUGACGGAGAGGACGACUGUGGCGACUCUUCAGAUGAACCCAAAGAGGAGUGCGAUGAGAGAACGUGUGAGCCGUAUCAGUUCCGCUGUAAAAACAACCGCUGUGUGCCCGGCCGCUGGCAGUGUGACUAUGACAAUGACUGCGGUGACAACUCAGAUGAGGACAAGUGUGUGCCCAGGAAAUGCUCUGAGAGUGAGUUUGCAUGCACUAGCGGUAGAUGUAUCGCUGGCCGAUGGAAGUGUGAUGGAGACCAUGACUGUGCUGAUGGAUCUGAUGAGUACGACUGUGACAUAAAAUGCGAUAAUGACCAGUUUCAGUGUAAGAAUGGUCACUGUAUCCCGUUCCGCUGGAGGUGCGACGCAGAUGCAGACUGCAUGGAUGGCAGCGAUGAGCAGAACUGUGACACUGGAGUGGGUCAAUACUGCCUCCUGGAUGAGUUUCAGUGUAAUAACACUCUGUGUAAGCCGCUGGCCUGGAGGUGUGAUGGUGAGGAUGACUGUGGAGAUAACUCAGAUGAAAACCCAGAAGAUUGCAAAAGAUUUCACUGUCCUCCCACCAGACAGUUUAGAUGCCAUAAUGACCGAGUGUGUCUGCCAGUGUCUAAACAAUGCGACGGUGUUGACAACUGUGGAGACAACAGCGAUGAACUAAACUGCCAAACCCCUGCCCAUGUGCCCUGCGCUAAGGAUGAGUUUACAUGCAGUAACGGCAAGUGUAUAAGCGCAGACUUACGCUGCAAUUACUUCAACGACUGCGAGGACUACGGCUCCGACGAGAUCAGCUGCAACAAGAAAGAUUCUGGUCUGUACGAGUGCCACCAGAACCGCAGUCUGUGUGGAGAAGAAGCCCGCUGUGUGGUAAACCGAACUGACAGCUUCUGCUCCUGCAGACCCGGCUUCCAGAAAACACUGCAGCAGACUUGCACAGAUGUGAAUGAGUGCAAGCAGUUCGGGAUCUGUUCUCACAUAUGUAACAACACAAAGGGCUCCCACAAAUGCAGCUGCCACAAGUACUUCACCAAAGUCAACAACACCUGCAAAACUGACAGCAGUGAUAAACAAGUUCUGUACGUCGCAGAUGAUAAUGAAAUUCGUAGUCUGUAUCCUGGAAUGCAAAACUGGAUAUACGAACAAGCCUUCCAGGGAGAUGCAAAUAUCCGAAUUGACGCAAUGGACCUGCACAUUAAAUCCAAACGGAUCUUCUGGACUAACUGGCACACCGGCAGAAUCUCAUCUUUCGAGCAGCCGUCUAAUGGACCUGCAUCGCCAAAUUCGAACCGCAACCGGCGACAAACCGAUCCCAGAGUGACUGAUCUAGAGAUCCCUGGAUUAAAGAUGCCUCGUGGGAUUGCUGUUGACUGGGUGGCCAACAACAUUUACUGGACAGACUCAGGACGUGAUGUCAUUGAGGUGGCACAAAUGAAUGGACUUCAUCGUAAAACUCUCAUCUCAGGCAUGAUUGAUGAGCCUUACGCCAUUGUGGUGGAUCCUCAGAGGGGCACUAUGUACUGGGCCGACUGGGGAAACCACCCUAAGAUUGAGACUGCAGCUAUGGACGGUACAAUGAGAGAGACGCUGGUGCAUGAAAACAUUCAAUGGCCCACAGGUUUAGCUGUGGAUUACUUCAAUGAGCGACUGUACUGGGCUGAUGCUAAACUCUCUGUUAUUGGAAGUGUGAGAUUGAAUGGCACAGAUCCGGUCAUAGCCGUUUCCAACAUUAAGAACAAUUUGCAUCAUCCCUUCAGCAUUGACAUCUUUGAGGAUUUUAUCUAUGGUGUGACCUACCAGAACAACUUUGUCUUUCGUGUUAACAAGUUUGGUAAAGGAUCUGUUGAGCAUCUGACCACAGGCAUGAAUCAUGCCACAGAUCUGGUCCUGUACCACCCUUACAAACAGCCAGAGAUGACAAACCCAUGUGAUAGGAAGAAAUGUGAGUGGUUAUGUCUGCUCAGUCCCAGUGGUCCAGUGUGCACCUGUCCAAACGGCCGAAUACUAGACAACGGCACCUGUGUGGAGGUGCCCACGCCCACAAUCUCACCUGUUUCUCCGAGUGGCCCCUGUAAUCUACUGUGUCGGAACGGUGGCACCUGUGUGCUGAAUGCCAGGAAACAGCCCAAGUGCCGCUGUCAGCCCAACUAUGCAGGAGAAAGAUGUGAUAUAAACCAGUGCAGAGAUUACUGCCAGAACGGAGGAACCUGUACUGCAUCUCCUACAGGAGCUCCUACUUGCCGCUGUCUAGCAGGAUUUACAGGACCCAACUGUAAUAAACCUACAUGUCUGAAUUACUGUAAGAAUGGAGGAAACUGUACAGUUAAUUACGGUAACCAGCCAACGUGCAGCUGCCCUACAGACUUGCUGGGAGAUCAGUGUCAGUACCGAAAGUGUGAUGGAUUUUGUGAUCAUGAAGGAACAUGUUUGCAGUCCAGCGACGGGUCUAGACAAUGUCGCUGUCCUCCGCGAUUCAUCGGCAACAAUUGUGAAGUGGACAAAUGUCAUUACUGCCGUGAUGGAAAGUGUAUUCCCAUUAAUAGCUACCAGCCUAAUGGAGACGUUACAUGCAGUUGUACCAACGGCAAAAUCCAGCCAAGCUGUUACACAUGUGAAGGAUACUGUGCUAAUGGGCAAUGCUCCUUCGGACCCACAAACCUCCCACAAUGCAAGUGUCCUCUUGGAUGGGAGGGCCAUCGUUGUGAAAAUCCUGCCACCAAUAUGGACACAGAAUCCAGUGGCCGCACAGCUUCAGUAGUGAUUCCUGUGAUUUUACUCAUACUGCUGAUGUUGCUCAUUGGAGGAGCUGUGUUCUGGUACAGAAAAAGGACGAGAGGGCUUGGCAAAUCCCACUCCAAACGACCGCGAGCUAAAGGCUUUCAGCAUCAAAGAAUGACCAAUGGCUCGAUGAACGUUGAGAUUGGGAACCCAGCCUAUAAAAUCUAUGAGGGAGAACAAGAUGAGGAUGUUGGAGAAUUGCUGGAUGCUGAUUUCACGCUGGAUCCAGACAAGCCAACCAACUUCACAAAUCCUGUGUAUGCUACUCUGUACAUGGGAGCGCACAACAGUCGCAAUUCAUUGGCCAGCACAGAUGAGAAGAAGGAGCUGCUAUCACGGGCCGACGAGGAGCCGCUGGUGGAUCCCCUGGUGUAGACCUGGUGUCUUAUCGGUUUCAUCUAAGAAGAAAAAAUGCUUUGCCUUUUUGAGAAAGAGAAUAAGAGCAGAAAAAGGAAGUCAAUCGUAAAGUGUUAUCACUGUAUAAAAUGUACAAAACGAAGGACUACUUUUGUAUGUGAUUGCAGUAUUAUUCUAUUUUGUUCUUUUACAACUCUUCUGGUCAGAACAAAAAUCAAGAGAAGAAAGUUACAUUUUCUAAUACAAAAACAGAAGAAAGUUUUAUUUGUUUCUCAUUUUAUAGGUCACACCCCCUUUACCUUAAUAGCCACUACCUCUGUGCAAUAUGGAGUCAAAAUUGGAACAAUGACAUUUUUUUAUUUUUGUAUGAGAAAAAUCUUGUUCCAUCAGUAUAGUGCCAACUGUUGUAUGUUUGACUGGGUAAGUUUGUCAUGAAACCAUUAAUACUGUUGUCUCUGUGAUGUUGUUUGUUUUAAACUUACUACAGUAUCAAGCAGAUGAGAUGCCAGUUUUACUCCUCCUGUACCAAGCUCAUUAUUGUGACAUGUUAUUGUUUUCCUCUUGCACGUAUCAAAGCCAUUGCCAUAUUACAUUUGAAGAAAGGUUUUAACAAAGCAGAUUUUUGUUUAACUGAUGCUUCAAAGCUUUAGAUUAUACAAAGAUAACAUAAUAAACACCCACCAUACACUAGCAGUUAAAGGUUUGACACACUUGCCUAAAAACUUCUGCUUAAAUGCUUUACAUUUUUUAGACGGCAAUGACGCGUGAAUACUGUAAGAGAGUGUCCAGACUUUUGACUGGUAGUCUGGUACUGUUUAUUUUUUAGAUAAAUGAAGUAAAGGAUGGCUCAUUAAAUGUAAAAAAAAGUUUUUAAAGUAGAAAGCUGCCAAAACAAUUGAAGCACACAUUUCUGCAUUGGUUACAGAGACAUGAGUAUUUUUUAAGCUUUAUCGCAUCUUUAAGACCACAACAAAUUCUUUAAAAGAGUUUUUUUUUAGGAGUUAAAUUUACAGAUGUUUUUAAAACACUUUCAUCUUGUCUUUUGUAAGCUAUUGCUGACUGUGUUGUUUUUGUCUCUGUUAUUUUCUCUAUAUCUUACUGCUCGGCCGAUCACUAAGAUGCUGCUUUUGUUGGAAUGCUCAUCAGCCAUAUUGUAAAGUUAUGUUUAAAACCGACAUGUCUUACGCACAGAAUAAUGCAGUUACUAUAGCACCAAAUCAUUCAUAUUUGCAGCAGUAAUGAAUCAGAUUUUGUUUUUAGAAAUCACAACUACGAUUCUCAUCUCAGAUCAAUUUCUAAUAUCACGUGUUCACUCAGUUGUAUUGAAAAAUAAAAUCACACAGCUUUUAUAGUACAAAUAAGGCUUAACAUUGGAAAGCAUAAUGUUGAAAAUUUGACUGGAGUACUUUAUGAACUAAAUAUCAUAUUGUCAUAAAUAAAAGUCUUAAUCCUUG